AGAUGGGCAGCCGGUGGGUGCGGUAGUAGUAUCAGCAGCGAGCAGUGCAGCCAGGCUGGAGGCUGCGUCCUGAGGCAGGGAGGGGGAGCAGCAGCGGGACGGUGCGGAGGCCCCGGACUCACACCGGCUCCCUUCCUCCGCGACCUGUCGCCGGCUGCAGAGGCUGCAUCGUCCCGCACGGCAGGCAGCCCGGGCCGGGAGAGGGAGGGAGAAGCCGGCACCGCCACCGCUGUUACAAACGCCGGUCGGUAGCUCGCCUCCCCGGGGGCUUGGGAACUACGUGAGGCCCCAGGCCCGGCGGUGGGCUCUAGGCCCGGGCUCAGAGUGAGAUGGGCCGCCGCUGCCGCUGCUCCCAGCGCCGGGACCCGGCCCGGGGCGCCACCGACUGAGGAAAAUGGCGGGAAGGAGAAGCCUGCUGUUGGAUGCUUUGGAUCGAACAGCAGCCCAGAAUGAUCGUGGUAUUAAGAGUAAAUGGAGUUGUGAAGAUACAGAGGAAGAAGACUAUCCAGUGAAUUUGGAAAAAGAUGUGCCCAGUCUUUGGAGUACUGAUCGUGAAGAGAUGGAAGCUGAAAAGCCAAAGACCAAAUCUCAAUUUUCAUCAGAAAUUAAAACUAAUUUAUUGAGAAGCUACAGCAGAAAAAACCAAGCAGCUGGCUUUUAUAAAGCUUUGAAAGGAAAUGCAAUUGGACUCAACAUGCUGGGACCCAGCAGAAAACUAAGUGAAAGCAUGUCAACUGCAUCAUCACCCCAUGCGCUGAGCAAGGAGAUGGAUAAAAAUCGAAGCAAGUGCUUAGUAAUUACUAGCCCUAUGGGGCCAGGAAUAGUUGUUCGUGGGAGGCGCUUUCAGCAUGCCAAUGCACAACCAAUCAUAAGAACAGCAGCCCAAAGCAAUCUUGGCUUACCUGAUGAAGGAAAAGAAUACCCAGUUGAUGUUCAAAAGGUUCCUGUGGACAGUAUUAUUUUAAUGGAAUCUGAUGGAAUAGGUGCAGCCUCGGCUGAAUUAGAAGAGGAGGCAUAUCCUCUACCCAACAGGCGUGUUUUGACGAAGCAAGCAAAAGAUGACACAAUGCCAGCGUUGCCUGAAUCAAUGGACUCUAAAGCUUCUGCAACGCAAGAUAUGAUGAAUACUGAGGGGCAAGCGCUUCACGAAUUCUUCAGUUUAUGUAACAAUUGUGGUAAAAAGAGUGAAGACCAUACCAAGUGUGAAAACUGCCAGAAGCCAAUUCCCAAGGAUGCAGCAAGGCGUCCGAAAUACGUUGCAGAUUCUGCAUGUGUCGGCACACCUCAGCCCAGGAUGCCCAUACGGACAUGUUUCCCAACGCAAGCUGAAGGCAGCGUGGGCGUCAGCGCCAAGACAUUUUACAACAGGCCUCUUGACAUAAUAUUGACUCCAUUAUCGACCAGCAAACUCUAUUCGAGCAGGAACAGCACUUUGCAUACUAAUGGUAAUGUAGGGUUGAUGGCACGGACAGUUGUGCAUGCAACAGGACGCGUGGACUCAAAGAAACAUGUAAUGAAUGAUCCGAUUGUGCUGUCCAGUGAUGAAGAGGGGGAAGAUGACGACAAUGCCAGCACUGGAAGUAGCCGAAUGGAUAGCGUUAAUUCCAUUAGUAGAACUACUGAAGCUACAAGUCUUUCUCCUGAGCUUCCCACCAAACCAUCGGAAGCAGCUUCAGAGGAGGCCCUUGAUGAAAAUGCAACAAAACAGAUUUUGGAAAACCUGUGCCCAGAAGUGGACUCCACAGCUACGUUGCCAAGAAAAGCAAGGAUGAAAGACAAGUUUGGAAAUCCUUACCAUGAAACAGUGGGCAAGAAAAGAAAAAUUGAGCCUGCAUUGUCACAGACGGAUGGUCUUGGUACGCAAGCGGAAAGCAAUUGUGAAAGUAUUAUUCUAAAGUGCCGAAGUAUACGGAUCGGGACCUAUCGCAUGACAGUAUUGGAACCUGUUAUUUUCAGCCUCGACUUCAUCAAGGUCAGUAUGGGAGUGCCUCAGGAAUCAUCCCAAGAAAUUGUUUUAGAAGCUUCAGAUUUCACUAAGUGUGAAUGGUGCAACGCACAUGUAUUGCCAGUGCUUUUCUUGCAAUUAACAACGGUUGCCUGCCACAGACUUCGGUCGUCUCUCAAUAUGAGCAAAGAGAAUAACUGGUUUGAUUCUGAAGCAUCCACUACUGAUGAACGGUACAUUGCUUUGAUUUUUGAGUCACUUCUGGAUCUUCGCGCAGCUGCUAUUUUUGAAAGAAUUUUAACUGAAGUUGGCAAAAAGAACAAUAUAUCAAACUUUUUUGACUCCAUCCCAUUUGUCGAAGCGAACAACAGAGUUCUUAUGUUUACGCAGAACCUAGAAGAACACAAGAGCAAUCUGUUACUCAAGGAUGGCAGGAAUCCCUCCAAAUACUCUUUGCGGAAAACCAACCAUUCUGGUGUCGAUAGUUUGGGAUCAGUCCAUUCUUCCUUUAUGGGUCCCAUUGAAAAGCUGAUAGUUUAUCCUCCUCCUCCAGCCAAGGGCGGCAUAUCUGUGACAAAUGAAGAUCUUUACUGCCUGAGAGAGGGUGAAUUCUUGAACGAUGUUAUUAUAGAUUUUUAUUUAAAGUAUUUAGUUCUUGAAAAGAUCAAGCAGCAGGAUGCAGAUAGAAUACACAUUUUCAGCUCCUUUUUUUACAAACGGCUGAAUCAACGAGAACGGCGUAAUGUUCCAGAAUCCGCCACUCUAUCAUUACCACAGCGUCGUCAUGCCAGGGUGAAAACAUGGACACGGCAUGUAGAUCUCUUUCAAAAGGACUUUGUAUUUGUUCCAAUAAAUGAAACGGCUCAUUGGUUCUUGGCAGUGAUUUGUUUUCCUGGCCUGUGCAAGGAACCAAAUGCGAAGUCGCAGGAAAACGAAGGAAUGCAGCACUGCAGCUCUGCCCCAGCGGAGAGUGGCAGUAACCCCACUUCGUCGCAAGAGGAUUCGGAGACUGAGAAUUUAGCCGCCGAUGGGCAGAGAAGAACUCCUGACCCCGUCGACAAUGUGCCAGAGCUCUGCACUGGCAGUAACUGUGAGAGUGUGGAGUUUGAUAAGCUCCACACAAGGCGAUGCUUGUCUGCAGCUAAUCAAGUCUUUAGCCACUUGAGUCGGCUGAGCCCCGAGCCAGAUGAUCACCAAACCUCCAGCCAGAAGAGUGAAAAUGGCCUGGAAGUAAAACAGCUAGAUGCCUUAAAGCAAAUCAAAGUCAGUUAUGCUGAUGACAGUGAAGAUCCCUUUGACUUUUUGCCAGAUCAGGAAUACAGUCAGGAGGACAGCAACGAUACUGGGAGUACGGCAGAAGACAAUUCCUCGGAGACUGUGCCCUGGGACCAGCAACCUUCCAAACAGCCGUGCAUUCUCAUCAUGGAUUCUCUGCGUGGACCAAGUCGAACAAACGUGGUUAAAAUUCUGCGAGAGUACCUUGAAGUGGAGUGGGAAGUGAGGAAGGGGAGCAGAAGGUGUUUCACCAAAGACAUGAUCAAGGGUUCCAACCCUCGUGUUCCUCAGCAGGACAACUUCAGCGACUGUGGGGUGUACGUCCUGCAGUACGUCGAGAGCUUCUUUGAGAAUCCGAUUCCGAGUUUCGAGCUGCCCAUGAACUUGAUGGACUGGUUCCCUCAGCAGCAGGUUAAAAAGAAACGGGAAGAAAUCCGCAACGUCAUCCUUAAACUGUGCGAGGCACAAAGCCGAGGGAAGAAAGGGCAGGAACUCAAAGUGGCUGAGGCCCCUUCCUGAGCAACGUGGAACCUAGGCGGACUCUUGACGGGAGGUGCCUUCACUGGUCACGUGGUACUGUUGCACUAACGCAGAAGUGAUUGGAUUUGUUCUAGUGUAGGCUUCCACACUAGGAGAAACAUCAAGUGUGCUACUGACCUUCACAGAACAUCGAUCAACGCUCAUGCCUCCAUUUUACAGCAACACAAAUGAAUGUUUAUGUACUGUUAUAAAUAUAACAAACUAUACAUAUGUUCAUAAACAGAUUUUGGAGCAUUUGUGAUGAUCCGUUUUCAUUGUUUGGGUUAGUAAGCAUUUGGUAUGUAUUUUUGUUAAAAUUAAUUGGAUAGCUACUUACAAGUAUGAUUAAAAGUUAUUGUAGUAUGAAAUGAAUUGGGCAAAUUUCUUAUUUUCUCUUGCCGAGUUUCUCUGUUUUUUCUCCCUUCCUUGCCCAAAUUAAUUUCUUCCUUGCUGGUCCAUAGCCCUCAGUCUUCAAAAUCUCCAGGAUUGGUAUUUCCUGAUCCUCUUUCCACAUGUACAAACUUCCAACACUGGUCGCUGAAGAGCAGCUGCCUGAGCCCAGAAUCUCCUCCUUCAAGCUACAGUUGCUGAGGGUAGAUUGCAGCCUGUCCUGAGACCACCUGACUCUCAUGUCAGGUAUCAAUGGGUGAUGCAUUAAAUUAAUUUAAGAUGCUUUUUGAGGAGGAGUGGGUGAGAUUUCUUGUCAUCAGUUAUUGAUGACGGCGUGUACUGUAGUUGCAAAUAGUUUUUUGUUCCCAUUCGUGAAGCCGUAACCAACCAAGUGAUCAGGACCUUGAGUUGUGGCUUCCAUGUAAAGAAAGGUGGUACCAUAUCUCAGCAAGCUUCUGGCAUUGCCCAAGAGGACUGGAGUAGAGAAAAUUGGUAAGUGAGGGGAUGGGGUUAGGUUGGGGGGAGGGAAAGGGUUGGGGUGAAGGUGCAAAAUUGAUAGCAAGAAAGUGCCUUCAAAAAGAUCGGUCUUGGGUGAUUGGUGUACAAAAUUGUACAUCUUUGGAAUGUUUUGUGGCAUUUAAAUCAGAAUUUGGUGUCUUCCCUUACAAGAAUGAACUGAUGAACAAGUGCCGUAGCCUUGAGUGGAAAAACUCCAUAAAAUUGUAGUUCAUUGAAACCAAAACAGACUAAAGCAUCUCUCCAGCCCAACUUGAUGUAGAACCAGUCCAUAUUGUCCGUGGCAUUGAAGCCACUUAUAUUCAGAGGUUUAUUUAAUUCAAGCAUUCGGAAAUGGACUGAAUAUAGUGCAGUUUUGUUUCUUGCUUCACAGCAACAAUACCUCAGUAUAUUGAUGCACAUUGCAGUUGCUCUGUUUGUAUGCAAUAUGAUUUUCUGUAAAUGCAUUUUUUAAAACUAUGUGUACUAAUGUAUGGAACGUGUCUGCUUUAAUUAUAUUUCAUCUUCAAGUUCAA